AUGGGAGACUACGAUUGCACAUCGGCCACUUUUCAAUCCUGUGGCUUAUACGAUUUCACUUCCAAUAAGUGGACAAUGCCAACAUCGAUGAUUAGCAAGCGAACACACGUUACCGCUAUGUAUCUGCCAUCUCUGAACACUGGUGGUGCUGAGGCUAAUAUUACCACAUGUUUAUACAAUCCAAUAAGAAAUUCGUUUGUCCCUGAUGCAAACACAAUUCAAGGACACAUUGAACCUAGUGCCGUUUUAUUCCUGUCUGGUUUUGUGCUUCUCAGUGGGGACUGGUCAUGCAGUGAUUACAUAUUUCUUCGCUCAGCUGAAGUUUACGGCUACCGCUCAAAUACAUGGCGAUCAGUAGCAGAUACGAAUACAGCUCGUUUUCGACAUAAAUUAAUUUUCUUAUCGCAUUCAUUUUCAUGCGAUUGUUCACAGUCAAUGAUCAGAAUGUUAAAUCAACUGAACAAUAAAGACUUCUUUUCUCAUACAAUUAUAUAA